ACUCCCACAGACGCAUGUGAGCGCAGGAUUCAAACCCAGAGCGAAUAAAGACGGCGCCGAGAUCAAAGGGAAAAGCAGCGAAAUGGGGUUGCAGGCCCUUUAAGAGGAGCCGAGCGGGGAGGGCUGUGCAUCCAUAAAAGAUGAGUUUAUUCAGUGGCCAUGCUAAGACAUGGUUAGAGCGCCUCUGCACUCCAGUGUGGCUCUCGCAGCAUCCCAGUCCGACCGAUCGAACGCCGGCCGAGGCAUGGACGCCAUAAAGGGAUAAAACUGUACGGGAAAGCGACGGGAAGCAACAGCAGAAGAGCGAAUGGGGAAGAAAGAAGAGGUUGAAAGAAGAUCAGAGGGAAAGUGACGGUGCAGUAGAGGACAGGAAACAGGUGCAUCAAGGCGGAGAAUGGGCAAUUCCUCCUUCCCAGGCAUGUCCCCUCUCUCUCCGUCCAUUCUGUAGUUGCAGGUCGAGAGAAGAGAAAGGGUCCCAUGAUCUCUGCCGGUGAUGCCGAGUUCCCGCGGGAUUACCACACGCUGGCUGCCGGCGGCGGCCGCGGGGCCCGGCGGUUCCCCGACACCACCAACGGCGGCUUCACGUCGUCCUCGCUGGACCGCCGGCACAACUCGGUGGCCGCUAAGAGCCUGGAGGCGCUGAACAGCAUCCACAAGGCCGACAUCGAGCGGCAGCGGGACGCCCUCAUGGACCUGCAGAAGAACAAGUACUCCAACAGCCCCGGCAGCAUGUCGCAGGGCUCUGCUGCUGCAGGACGACAGCAACAACCAAACUACUGGAGCUUCAAGACUCGGACGCCUCGUGUGACUCGACUCAGCCCAACUCAGCCAGCCCUCGCCGACCAGGCCAGCAGGGUGUCCUUCGCCUCAGCUGAAAAUCUGGAGACCAUGUCGGAGCCCGACAUCCCCAUCGGAUUCAACCGGAUGAACCGGCUUCGCCAGAGCCUGCCGCUGGCCCGUUCGUCCAGCCAGGCCAAGCUGAGAGCGCCAGGGAUCUUGUUCCUCCAGCUGGGGGAGGAGACCCGCCGGGUUCACCUGACCCAUGAGCUGACCAGCCUGGACACUCUGAGGGCGCUGAUCGUGCACAUGUUCCCCCAGAGGCUCACCAUGGCCAUGCUCAGGUCUCCCAGCACGGCGCUGCUGAUCAAAGACGAGACCAGGAACGUCUUCUACGAGCUGGAGGACCCGCGGGACGUUCAGGACCGCUGCGUAAUUAAGAUUUACUGCAAAGAGCCCAUCUACGGCACCUACCCCGGACACCACAACCCUCACCUGGCCAACGGAGACCUCAGAAGAGAGAUGGUUUACGCUCCCCAGGACUCUCCACCAAACCGCCGCCUGAGCAACCCACCCAUGUCUUCCCAGCAUUCGUCGGCCUCCGCCUCGCCUCCUCAGGGCUCACCGUCUCGAGCCCGUCUCCUCUACAGCGGCGGUAGACCUUCUUCCUACGCCGGGCCUCCCCACCACACCCACUCCCUGCCUCACCCGCACUCCCAGUCCCACCACUCUUCUCCCCACCAGCAGCCUCAGCUCCACCAGCCCCACCACAACCAGCCGGCCUUCUGCGCCUCCUCCAGCGCCAUCCUGGAGCGCAGGGAUGUGAAGCCCGACGAUGAAGUGGGGGGAUCCAGGAGCAUGGUGCUGCUGCGGGGAGAUGAGCGCGGUGGAGGUGGGAUCUAUGCGGACCCCUACUCCCUGGGCCCGGACACCAGUCGGCUGAGUCUGGCUGGAGGUCCUCACUCCCCUCUGCCGGCCAGAGCCGACCCCUACGGUUCCUUAUACCGCCGUGGAGGAGGAGGUGGAGGAGGAGGUGCUGGAUCAGUGCGUUCACUCACCUCCUACUCUGCAGCUGCCUUACAAGGAGAGCUGAUGGAAAGCGGUGCCCUCUACAGGCCGGGAGGUCCGCUUUAUAACGACGCCUACGCUGCAUCGGUGUUGGCCAUGGGGCUGCGAGUGCCACCGCCGUCCUCCCCACAGAAGAUACCCGAUGUAAGGGAUCCUUACGGAGGCACCAUGCCAGCUCGGGGUUCACCUGGCAGACAGAGUUUGAGAAGAGACUCUGUGACGUCCUCUGUGUUUGGGGACAGUCCUAAAGCCCGGGGCCAGGGUCCAGGGUUGGGUCUCACCUCUGAGCAGCUCUGUCUGAUGGCUGGAGGGGAAGGAGGUGGUCCUGGAGGCUUCGGUUCACCUCUGCUGGGGAACGAGACCGAGACCAGGGAGCGGAUGGAGGCCAUGGAGAAGCAGAUCGCCAGCCUGACCGGUCUGCUGCAGAGAGUCCUGAGCAGAGCGCCGGAGGCAGAAAGCCCGGAGAAGAUUGAGUCAGCCAGUGACUGCUCAGGAACUGACACUGGACGAACUAAAAAAAAGAAAGCUUUGACUCCAUCAGCUCCUCUGGCGCUGAUGCCGCCUCCACCUUCAGGACCCAACCAGCCGGUUCCGGUGUCACGUCUACAGAUGCAGCUCCACCUACAGGGUCUGCAGCAGAACACCAACGCUCUGCGUAAACAGCUGUCACAGCUGCGUAACAUGCAGCUGGAGAACCAGGACUCGGUUCUGUCCCUGCUGAGGCAGACUGAGUCGGAGCUGAGCCUCAUGAUGCUCGAUGCCAUGCGGACCCAGGAGGACCCUCUGCAGAGACAGCGCCUCCUGGUGGAGGAGGAGAGACUCAAGUACCUCAACCAGGAGGAGCUUCUCAUCCAGCAGCUGCACGACCUGGAGAAAUCUGUGGAGGAGCUGCAGAGGAACUCGUCCGUUAACCACGGCCUGGUGACGGAGCAGGACGUGGAGCAGAAGAGCAAAGAGCUGAGGAUGCUGGGAGAAACGCUCACUGAACUCAAGAACCAGUUUCCCAGCCUGCAGAGUAAGAUGCGGGUGGUGUUGAGGGUGGAGGUGGAAGCUGUGAAGUUCCUGAAAGAGGAGCCUCACCGCCUGGACGCCCUGCUGAAGCGCUGCAACACCAUGACGGAUGCUCUCAGCACGCUGCGCAGUCUUUUGUCUCCGCCUUGUAUGUUCAGACAAGUGACCGAAGGCGUCUGGAAGAGUCCCGAAGACGUCUCCAACCAGCAGAAGAGAUCCGACGACCUGAACCGAAGCUCCGACCUCGACAUCCUCAACAGCCCUCCGCUCAGCCUCACCGACCUCAGCACCAGCGCCGGCCUCGCCAACUGGAUGCCCGUCACCGGGGGCGACCCGGACGCCUCGGGCCCCGAGCAGGACAACCAGCCCUCCAUGACCUUCAGGAACCGAGUCCUGGACGAGCUGCCGAGCCGACGCCCCGCCGAUAAAUCCGUGUCGGCCGAAGUCAGACUGGCGGCUGAGCGGGACUGGGAGGAGAAACGAGCCAGCUUGACCCAGUUCAGCGCUCAGGACAUCAACCGGCUGCUGGAGGAGACCCAGGCCGAGCUGAUGAAAGCCAUCCCGGACCUGGACUUCGCCGCCAGGCACAUAAACAAGCCGGUGGUGCCCCCCAAGCCCCAGAUCACCAUCCCCAUAACCUCCACCACGGGGUCGGCCCCGGCGACCGGAGGCACCGGGAGCUCGGCCGCCGCCACCACCAUGACCACCACGCCCAGCGGCGACCCGCAGCCCGGCAAGGUGCAGCUGGCGGCCCAGAAGCUGAACAACAUGGAGGGGGGAGGUUCUCAUCGAGGGUCGGUGGACCUCAGUGUGGCCAGAUACCGAACAGAAAAACCCUCCAAGUCUCCUCCUCCACCUCCUCCUCGUAGAAGCUUCCCGUCGGUCCACGGCAUCACCACCAACCGAACCGGAGAGGUCAUCGUCACCAACAAGAGCCUGAAGAUGGAAGAAGACGGUGACUUACCUAAAACUCUGGUGAAGCUGAGGCGGACCCCCUCCGACACGCCCCGACCGGCCUCCACCCCUCCAGUGAUCGCAGCGUCGGCGAUUCAGGACGAAGACGAUGAAGAGAAGAUCAUCGCCGAGCUGGAGAACAGCAGUAACUCUCCAGGCCCGACGAAGGGUCCGACCGUCGCAGCCCGGCUCAAACAUCUCCAACAAGGCAGCCUGGAGAGGCCCAAGACCCGCAAGCAGAAAGAGGAUUUCCCCAAAGUCCAGGGCCAGCAGCAGGUAUUCCACUUCUAAAAACCUCUGACGCUCCGUCUGCCUCUUCCUCUUCCUCUUCUUCUCUGCCGUCACUUCAAAGGAAACUUUCCCCUCUGUGACUCCUGCGAGACGAGAAAAAAAAACUGCAUUAGGCCGAACCAGCAGACGAUUCGAGAUCACACGCUAACCAGAGGGGAGCUAUCUUCAGAUUUUUACCACUUCUUGAUGUGUGUUUUGACAUUUGAGUUACUGGAUCUAACCUAGCUUGCUUAGAGAUCAAGUUCUUUGUCGUACGAGUCUGUCGAUGUUUUGAUUUCCUGAGGAAGGGUCUUGGUGGUGCUUGUGACUGAUCAGACUAGCUUUAUCAUAAUAGUCACAUCUGUUCAUCCUUUUUGCCUCCCAUCAUGCGGAAUAAUCUCCAGUAAUGCCACGGAGUGAUUUCACAUCUCAAGGUCGAAGUGAGGAUGUUUCACCCUGAUCCAGCCACGUUUUCUCCCCCUCAUCCUCCCGUCUUCUCAUCCAUUAAUUACCUCGUGCUGCUCUUUUUCUAUCACCCAUCUUUCAAACCUGGAGGUUAGCAGGCAGCAGCAGUCAGAAGGUGUUUCAGACGUCGGCGUUCUUGGUAAUAAACAGCCUGAAAGGUUCACAUUCCAGCCAAGAGGCCAGUCCAUUAAGCUGCGUUGCUUUCCUUUUAACAGCUGUAAGGUCACGACUUGUUCUGUAAGACGACAAGACGGAGGAAGAAGGUGGAAGGUUACAGAAGGAUGGUUUUGUAGAUUUUAGUUUAAUGUCUGCUGGGAGCAAAUUUAAAGGAGAGCAGUGGAGGAAAACAGAAAACAGGAUACAUAUCAAAGCAAAGAAAGGCAGCAAGGAUUUAAAUCUUGUGUGUAUCUGAGAAAAGAGGCUGAGUGGAUUUAUAGCAAUGAAAUAUUCAGUUUCAAGUUAAUUUCAGGUUUAAAAAAUGUAAAUGAUUUCCCUUAAAAAAUCCCAAUAUUCUGGAAAAUUGGCCAGCGUUAAAACAUUUGGAUGCAAGUUGGUCGUUUUUGCAUCUAAAAAUUCAAAAUCCGAUCUCAGCUUGUAGUGAUUAAAUUUAGAAGCUAAAAUUUACAGUAAAUAAUUCAAUAUUGAGCUUCCAUCUUAUCAGCUUACUGGCUCUCGAUCAUGAAGCCCAGAAGACGAAAUAUAUUCUGCGAAAUCAAACCAAUGGAGUAUUUUUUCCAACUAUAGCUGAACCUAUUAGCCUUGUUUUUGAUUAAUGAUUCAAUUAAUUCACCAAUUAUUUUCACUUCUUAAUUGUUUGGUCUAAAAAUAGCGAAAAACACGUCAUUCAUCCCAAGAUGGCCUCUUUCAGUGUCUUGUGUCGUCCAACCAAAACCCCCAAAUCCUACAUUACUCACUUUAUAUUUAUAUAUAACAGAGAAAUGCAACAUUUGUAGCUAUUAAUUGUUGAAAAUUACACUUCUAACAUUUCUUUCCUCCCACAAAUGCCCUGGUAAUCCCCUUCCUGCACACACAGACUUUAAAUAAACGUCCAGACUCAGCUGUUGGUUUGAAUGAGGAAGGAACAAACAGUUUCACUUGAUUUUCUCAUGGUUGCUGAUGCCCUGAUUAUCUACAAUACUGUAACCACGUGUCACCAGGACUUGAAUGAGAAAAUGCUGCAUGAAAUCACUCGAGAUUGGACACAAAACAACAAGAUUUACGUAAGAAUUUUACUUCCUACUGAAUCGAUUCACAAAAAAUAACAUUUCAGUGCAUUUUUGAUUUAAUCUUUGCAAACCAGAGUUUUGUGUGUAUUUGGUACUUAUUACCAGGAAGCUCCAACAACUAAAAGCAUCUGACCAGCACAGACUGCUGCACUUUAAUUAAACUCCUAUAGUGUGAAGGCAACAGCUGCAUUACUGACUUUGCACAGUUCUAAAACCAGUUAUGUUGGCCAUUAAAUUAUACCAGUUUCAUUAUUUUUAUGCAGAAAGGCGACUUGCUUCCAAGCAAUUCUGACUGAUUAAUUGUAGAUUGAGGGUAUAAAUCUUCAGUUUCUGCCACAGACUUCAUGCCAUAUUCUCCUCUUCCACUAUCCUCAUGUCUGCAUUUUCAAAAUUCCUUUCACUACAAUAAACUAGAACCUCCAAGCUGCAGCCUGCACAUCGAAUAUAAAAGGUUUUGCUGAUGAUGCUGUCUUUUUCCCAACGCUAUUACAAGAGCGCUGUCGCAGUGAUUUGUUAACCCUCUGAACCCUGAACAGUUUCUGAUCAUUUUUUGUGCGUUUUUCCUCUCUGUGGACUCAUUUUUCACUCCAACAUAAAGUCCUGCACCUCUGCGGAAACAAAACAACCGUGAACAUGUAGAGAGAACUCAGAAACAUGACGUCUGUAAAGGAUGACGCAAUUAGAAGGGCAUAUAUCAUGAAAAAGGAAGAAUAGAAGAUGACUUUCUUUAAUUUAUUUGAAAAAUUUAAAAUACAAUAGAAAUAACAUGCCCAAAAACUCUCCAAAUGUCCACAGAUAUUACCGAUUGUGGAAGUAAUUGUGAUUCUAUUGUGACUCUGUAUUCUACAGAUAAUUACUUACAAUUUGAUAUCUGCUUUGUAUAAACGCUACCUGCAGUUCAGCCAAAAACUCUGAAUUUUUGCCGCAUGACUGUUGGUCUCAGCUGAGUCAGUCAUGUUUUAUUUGCACUGACAAGCACAGAAUUAUUCACUUUUUACAGAACCCGUUUAGUGCAAAUGGAUCAUUUUUGGUGAAUUUCUAAAGACUUGUAGAAUAAAGUGAUUUUGAUUAUGUUGAAAUAUCACAAUUUUAACUUUAGAUUGGGAUAAUUUUGCUGGCAGAACGCUAAAUCACAGAUGAAUUUUUACAGUUUUCUGUUCUGAUAAAUGGUGUAAUUUCGCCAGUUUUUAAAGUUAAAUUGUGUUUCAUAUCUGCUGAAACACGUUGGGGUUCAGACGGUUAAACCACCGACUUCAAAUGACCCUCCAGCAGUGUUAUAAGAAUCAAAACUGAGUAUUUAAACCACCAGUUUGUUGCUGAACACACAUUGAGCUUCAGGUGAGAUGAAGGAGGCCGGUCAGUGUGAGCAGCAGGUUAAACUCUCAGCUGGUGAAUCCUAAAGCCGGCGGUUAGAUGUGAAGCUCCACUCGUCUUAUCUGCUGCUGCAGACGCUCCUGGCUGCCUCGGACCUCGGACACCGUCCUCUUUUUAACAAAAAAGGCUUUCAGAAAAUAAAAGGGACACAGAUCCAGCUCAGCCAGGCGGCCUCAUCUUCACCCCCAGUCCUCAGCUCCAUUUUUAGCCACAUUUGGAGCCAUUUUCAGGGUCGUGGUUUGAUUAAUUAAUGGAUUUAACACUGAAAGCAGCUCGUCCACGUGAGCCCAGGUGUGGUUUGAUAUGUAAAUGUUAGAUUCGUGUAUGAGAAAGGACGGCAUCUUAUACAAUACCUCACAUUAGCAGCAACAGCCGUUAGCACAUGGCUAACGUGUCUGACCUCCACUUGAUACGCAACGCCAUCUGGGCGACUUCCUCCACAAACACUCAGCGAUGAUUAAUAUUCAGACUGUGUCCUCAACUGGUCUGAAUAUUAACCAAGUUUAUUCAUUUCCAUUUUUGCUUUUUAAAAAUUCAUGAUUUUAUCCAGACGAAGCCUGAAAGCAAAUAUUAUUCUGUCUUUAACACGGAUAUGAUUUGAGAUAAUGUCAUCAAACACGGUGUUAUUAUUAUUCUCUUCCAUUAUCCUGUUAAACUGUCAUCACAAGCUGGGUUUAUCUGUAGAAUUGUAGCUUAAACAUACAGACGAGUAAUUAUAGAGAUUUAAAGCAUCUCUGCACUGCACAAAUGAAGCCCCACGUGUCCAAUAAAUCUGACCGUUAAAUACAAAGAAGUAAAAACUGUUAUAUACAUUGAUCAGAAGUUAGACUCUCAGCCAUUGUAAUUGCAUUUUUAUUAAUAUUUAGUAUGUUUUCACUCAUGUCCUAUUAUGGGUAAAAGAUGCAGUAAAAUCCACUUCAAAGGCAAAACACAAUUAAUACAUAUAGGUUUAACAACCUUAAUAAAACUACUUUGAUUGUAUAAUUAGAAUUAUUCUGGCAUUAAAAUAUGUACUUUAUUUAAAAACAGUGUUCCAGACUUACAAUAAAAUAUAAAAUGGAGCUAAAAGCGAAUAUCUGUACCUGUGUAGCUGCAGCAUUCUGGCUGUAUAAUCCGGUAUCUUUGCGGCUAAUGCUAGCUAAAGCUAAAUGUGUAGAUUUUUGAUUAGUUUACAAUUGUAACUGUAAAUGACCCAAUUUAUUGAACUUUUUUUAUUUUUAUGUAUUUUUAUUCCACAUACAGUAACUGGGUGACACAUUAAUUCAGCUAAUAUUGAAUGCAGUCAUGCAAAACCACAGCUAAACACCUGCUAAAGCUAACCUGAAGCUAGCUAGCUUAGUAGUAGAGCUGCAAGAAUUAAUCAACUAGUCAACUAUUGAAUUAAUGGCCAACUAUUCUGACAAUCAAAUAAUCGGUCUGAGUAAUGUUUUAAGAAGAAAAUCACAGUUUUAUGAUUUUGUUGCCUCUUAAAUUGACUUUGUAAUCUCUGCAGCUAACGUGGGCUAAAGCUAAAUGUGAACGUCUAGAUUUUUGACUAGUUUUCAAUUCUAACUGAAAAUGACCAAAUUUAAUGAACUUUUAAAAAAACAUUUUGUAUUUUUUUCCACAUAAAGUAACUGGGCAAGGUGUUAAUUUAGCUGGCAUUGAAUGCAGUCAUAUAAAACCACAGCUAAACACCUGCUAACGCUAACCUGAAGCUAGCUAGCCUGGCAGUAGCGCUGCAAGGAUUGACUGAAUUAUUCUCCAACUAUUCUGACAAUCAAGUAAUCGGUUCAAGUAAUGUUUAAAGAAAAUUCUCUGAUUGCAGCCUCUUAAAUUUGAAUAUUUUCUCUUUUUUUGUGAACAAAAGACAUUUUAGGAUGUAAUCUUCAGUUUUGGGAAACAUUUUUCAUGAUUAUUUUAGACAUUUAAUAAGCCAAAAUACUAAGCAAUAGACCCUUUAUUUGUUUACAAACAUUGUGACGUUUUUUUGUGGGCGGGGCUUAUGCUGGAGGCAAAAGCUGAGCGAGAAGUCAAGCGGGACUGGGAGUAUAUAGUUUGCGCUGGGAGUUUGCGCUGCAAACUCGAGCAUUUUUAACCCGUUAAACUUCAGUGUACCGCCGGCGGUACACUUACUAAUUUGCAUAGGAAUUUAAAGAAUGUCCGAAGGCUGCAAACGCGAUUAUAUAAACACUAUGCGCCGAUGGAAAGCUUAGAUUCUCAUGAAUCCACCGGUAUAAACCACUUUCAGAUGUGAUUACCACAGCGGGUAAUAUAAACACAUUUGUCCGACAAACAACGAAUAUCCAUCCAUCCUUUCUCUGUACACGGCUUCAACGUACACGACGCAACUCACAUUUCCGGGUUCAUUAUUACACACAGAUGAAAAUAUUCCACAAAAAACGGCCAUAAUCCAACCUUGGACAUCCAGACGACACAAGCCAGUAAACUAUUUUGUCCAAAACAUGUCUUGAAGUCGGUGUAAAAUCCCCGAAUCGGUCGUUUUCGAGGAAAUGCACCUCGCGAUGCGCGUCCAAUAUUCCCUGUAUUUCUCGUCAUAUUUUUUAUUUACAAAUAGAAUUUUAGCAAUUUUUUGUACUGAAAACGGCUGGAAUUGACUGCAGCUGAUCGUCUCUGUCCAGUCUUUUAGCCUCAGUGCAUUUAACCACAACUGUCUUCGUUCCCUCUGAGCACGAGUGUUCGGUGGAAUCCUAUAAAACUUUAAUUUGCGUUCGCCAAUGUCAUUCCUCCUAUUCUGGCAUCCAAAAACACAGCAGGACGACAUUUUAGAAAAGUUGAUAGAGCCUAGUCCCUCAGUCUUUCGCCUUUCGGUCACGGCCGCGGGCUUCCCCUUUUGCCUCCAGCUAAAGCUGUGACGUCAUUCGUGACGUGGGUCAUUAAAGGGUCUAUUAAUCAAGAAAAUCAUCAACAAAUUAAGCAACAAUAGAAAUAGCCAUUAACUGCAGGUCUAUUUCUCAUUACCUGCUAUUGAUAACUUUUGGUGUUAUAAAUUGUUGAUUUUUAUUCUUAUAUUCAGUUAAAUAUGAAUGCUAGAAAUUGCACUCAGACUUAUAGAACCUACUUUCUAUGAGCUGCAGGCAUAAAAUAAUCAAAAUAACAUUUAUUUUAUUGAACAGUCUAGUUAAAAAUGGACAAUAGCGAUGAAAGAACAUUUUUCAUUGAAUUCAGUGAAGGUUACCUGGAAGCAGAGUGUAGUAUUUAAUGUUGAUAGAUAUUAUGAAGGUUGUUUCACAAUGAUUUAUGUAAAAGAGGUAAAAAUAAUCACUCUAAAGGGAGUAAAAUUACAGCUUUGCAGCCUUUAUUUAAUGCACUGUUCUUGUAUUUAUGAUGCUUUGCCUUUGAAUGGUGGUGUCAAGUUUCUCCUGACUAUUAGACAGCAACAUCUACAGGAUAUGUGACCAAAACUGUCAUAUUUUAUCUCAAAAUGACAAGAGUUAUCAUUUUCUUAUCCUGUUCAGGCUUGUUUUUGUCACAAACAGUGGCGUAGUUGCACUUUGUGUGUUGUUUAUUUUAUGAGUUUGACUGAGAAGCUGCUGCUGUGCUGCACAAAAAAGGCGGAGCGCUUUAAAAUCCCUUUUCUUGGCUGGGCGGUGUAGACGUCUCUGCUCGUCCUUUUGUUCCUCAGAUGUAGCAUCGUCCCCCCCUUAGGCUCCAGCAGCACCUCGUCACCUCAAACUGUUUCUUUUCAUGGUUCAACUUCAGCUGUUGUCAAACUCCGAUUCUUCCCCCUCGUUUCCACACAGCGACAGACGAUGUGCAGGGCAGCAUUGUUCUCCAGGCAUCUUUACUCUGCAGAGAAUCCACAUUCUGAUCCACGUACUCAGAUUCUGUUUUGAUCUUUAGAGACAUUAUAGUGCUGAGGAUUCAUACUCCAAAGGAUAAUUGUGGUUUACCACGAUUUGGGUUUCAUUUUGUUGUAGAAAUAGGAGUUACUAGGAAUCUGAUGAGGCAAGAAACACAUUUAAGUUGUAAACAAACCUCCACGUUAGCUGAUUUUAUUUGUUAAAGAAAACCAACAUGAAGGUUUAAAUAUCAGUUUCUGCUUCAACUUCUUGCUGUAAUUGUGUUCGUGCAGCUUUUCUGUGCAACAAGGAAUCAUUACCUGCAUUUCAAGUGGGCUCACUUUUGGUUUUAUCUCCAAACAAAACACAUUUUAGAGGAAAAUUUAUCUUUUUGUUCUCUGUUUGAAUUCAGCUUUCAAUAUUUGCAGGCAGCUGAAGCUAAAAAUUAAUUAGUCUGCAGAUUGUUUACGUGGCAGACGUUGCUCAUUGAACAAGACAAUGAAUAUAAUAUACAAAUGCAACGAAUGAACUAGAAAUAUUUAAAAUUUUAAGUUUUUAGGUGUUAAUAUUUUGUGUUUAAAGAUUUUUCCAACUAUUUAAAGACAUUUAAACCCUCUUUAUCAAGUAAGGUAAACCGAUUUAUACCCUGAAUAGACCGAAAUAAAAUGUUUAAUAUGACUCCUCACUCUUGAGAAGAUAAUCUGAAUAGAUUUUAUUCUAUUCACUAUUUUUUGCCGAAUAAAACCUUCAUAAAAUACAGAACACAUGUGCAACCCUGCCUUCAUUUUAAGGCAGCAUUGAAGGUAUUGCAUUUCCACACCAGUGUUUACAUUUAUUCCUAGCUUUGAGUUUUGUUUUGUUUUGUUUUUUUGCUACUUGGAGGCAGCAGAACACACCGUGGUAGCAGAACAAGUUAUAUAGAAACAGCAAAAUUAGAAAAAAAGUUGGUGGUGGAGACCAAAAUCAGAGCUAAAAAAAUAGUCAGUGAGCUCUAAAUGAAUUGUAACAAUGAAGAUAUGGCAAUAAAAGUGUUUCCAACGGACAUUUCCAUGCAUUUUAGAAAUAUUGCAUCAGAAAAGCUCAACUGAAAUGGGAAAAUUAGAAAAAAUUGGUGGUGGAGACCAAAAACAGAGCUACAAGAGUCACUUAAAUUAAUAUGUGGCUCCAAAUUAAUGAAUACUGUGAAGACAUGUCAAUAACUCUGUUUACAGAGCAUCUUUUUUUGCACUUUUUAAAGUAUUGCAUUAGAAAAGGUUAGCAAAAUUAGCACAAGUAGAAAAAAAAUAUGUUGGUUAAGAUCAAAACGGAGCGAAAAAAGUGAUUAAAAUUUGUAGUAUGGCUCUAAAUGAAUGAUAACUAUGAGUCGUGUUUCCAUUAUAUGUUUGUUUAUGCACAUUUGUACAGUAUAACAUCAGCAAAUUACACAAAAUUGAAAAAUAUUCUCAAUUUUGUGAGAAUGUCUUGAGAGAAAAUGUAAAUUACAAAAAUGAUGAAAUCAGAUUAACGUGCAAAGGUUUUGUGUAGAUACAUGAUGCACAAAAAUAAAAGGAGAAUUGGAAGAUACUUUAAUUACAACUUAACAUCAUAACCUUAUCAUUGCAGUUAAUUUCAUUUGUUUGCUUUUAGUUGCUGAUGACUUUCAGAGCUACAUUUCUAUCAGUAAAGUUUAUUUUUGUAGUGAGUUGUCUGUUUACAGGAAGACUGAGAUGUUGGCAGAUCUCCAAAGUUAUUUAAAAAUGAACAAAAUGCACAAAAUGAAACUCGAGUUGUGAUAAACUCUUUGAGCCCUGAAUUUACCCGAUGUCCUUGUCUUCCUGCUGUAAACCGUAAUUAAUCUUCCUGAUGUAUCUUUGAGGAUGAACGAACCUUCUGUGAGGUCCGUGGAGGUGUGAUGGAGGAAGAUGUUCACUGGUCCAUCAGCAGCAUCACUAGUUUUUCCACUUGGUUUGUUUGUUUGGCUCACAGAGGAGUUUCCUGCUGCUGCUGUAAUUUACAGAAACAUCAGAUAUUUUCUCAGCAACAGCCGGAAGAUUCGACCAAGACAGAGCUGUGGUCAGAGAGAAACACACUAGAUGGAUAGAUAGGAUAUAGAAGAGAUUCCUCCUCCUGUUUCCUUCCGUUUCACCCCUCAUUUCCUUCAUCCAACUCUUCUCCUUUACUUUAUCUCUACUUUUCCUCCUGUCCCUCCUCCAUCUUCUUUCUACCAUUUCCUUGUUUUUUUCCUCCUUAUUUUUUCUGUUCUAACUUUUCCUUUUCUUUGUCUAUCUUGUGUUCUCUCCUUAUCUCUUUCUAUCUCUUCUGCAUUCAUAAUCUUGUCUCCUUGUUCUUACCUCCUUUCAUUUUCCUAUCUCUUCACUCUUUUUUUCCCUCUUUUCCUUAUCUUGUCUCCUUUUAUCGCUUCUACUUUCCUAAUCUUAUCUCCUUUUCUUAUCUCUUCCCCUUUUCAUAUCUCCUUUCUUAUCUCCUUUCCUUUCCUUAUGUCAUCUCCUUUUCUCAUCUCCUUACAUUUUAUCUCGUUGCCUUUUUUAUCAUCUCCUUUCCUCAUUUUCUGUCCUUUCCUUAUCUCCUCUCUGUUUCUUGUCUCAACUUUCUCAUCUUCUCUAUUUUCCUCAUGUCCUUUCCUUUCCUUAUCUCCUUUGUAUCUCCUCUCUCCCAUCCUUAUCUCUUAUUUCCUUAUCUUCUAUCCUUUUAUCUCUUCUACUUUCCUAAUCCUGUGUCCUUUUCUUGCCUUCUCUCCUUUUCUUAUCUACUCUCAUUUCUUUGUCAUCUCCUUUUCUCUUCUCCUUUCUUUAUCGCUUCACCUUUUUUGCUAUCUGCUUUCCUUGUCUCAUCUCCUUUCCUCAUUUUCUCUCCUUUUCUUAUUUCCCUUUCUCGUCUCCUUUCCUUAUCUUCUUUUUUCUCCUUAUCUCUGCUUCAUCCCUUUUCCCUUUUCAUAUCUCCUCUUCUUUCCUUAUCUCAUCUCCUUUCCUCAUUUUCUAUCAUUCCUUAUUUCCUUUCUCCUUUUUGUAUCUUAUCUUCUCUCCUUUCCUUAUCUUAUCUCCUUUUUUCUCCUCAUCAUUCUUUCGUUCCAUUUUUCCCUUUCAUAUAUCCUUUUUAAUCUCCCUUCCUUACCUCAUCUCCUUGUCUUAUCUCAUAUCCUUUCCUUGUUUUCACUCCUUUCCUUAUCUCCUCUCUCCUCUCCUAAUCUGACCUUUAUUUCAUUUCUAUUGUCCUUAUCUCCUUUUCUGUCCUUAUCUCAUUUCCUUGUCUUCAAUCUUUCUUUUUUCUCCUUAUCCCUGAUUUACACCCUUUUCCCUUUCCUCAUUUCCUCUCCUUUUGACUCCUUACCACUUUUCUUUCUGUAUAUCUUUUCUUCUUUCCUUUCCCUAUCUCCUUUUGAUCUUCCAACCAUUCCUUUCACCACUUCAAAUUCAUCUUUUCUUCCUUUCUGUCCUUAUUUCCUCUGUUCAUCUUCUUAUCUCCUUCCUUGUUUCCUCUUCUUAUUUUACCUUUGCUUGCUUCCCUGUUUUCCUCACCUCUUCCUUCUUUACUUGUCUCCUGUCCUUGCUUCCUUCGAUCUCUACAUUUCCUUCCUCACUCUGCAUGCCACAGCAAAAGCAGAAAAAAAGAAGCAGAAGAACAAGAAAAAAAUCUGAAUCUGUUCAGGUUUUGUGUCUCCCAGCUCUGACAGCAGCUCUGUGAUCGUAUUUUCUGGCUGUUUGCAGCUCGACACAUCUUCCUCAUCAUCUUCAUCAUCUUACCGCGAGCACAAGGACCGUCGUCACGCCGAUGCACCGUCGUCCAAUCAGAUGGAGUCUUGGUAGCGCGUGGUGGCAUCUCAUAACUCACAGAUGAAACAUUUAACAACAAAAAACAAACUUGAAAUACAUUUGUCUGUUUGUAAAUUUUCAUUUUUGUCUUUUUGUUCCUUUUCCCCUCCCUCUCACUGCUUCUCGUUCCCAUUCAAAUUUUUCCUUUUGUUUGCUCUCGAAUCUCCUCCCUCCCUGCUUUGCUUGUACUCGGGGCAGAGCUGAGCUUUUUGUCGCCGUCGCUGUCACAGCUGAAGCGCCGCUCGCUGAUCUGGCCAAUCAUCAUCAGUUUCGCUGACGUUUCCCUUCACUGCUUCUUUUGGUCCGUGAGCCGACUUCUUUUUCUUUCUCCUCUACUUCUUGCUUUGCCCCUUUUUCAUCCUCUGUCUGCUUCUCAGGUCUCUCAGGUCUCGGCCGGACUAAUGGGGAGUGAGUACUCACUUCAUUCUGUUUUUUUUGGACUCCUGAUUCCCAGAUGUGAGAUUUUGUCAUUUGAACAGUUUGCGUGACUUUACGAGCUGAAGGUCACCAAAUUACUCAAACAGGAGUGUGUAAAAAUGAUGAAAUUUCUCCUUUAAUCACACUGUGGCUCUGUGUUGUACGCUUGGAGGAACCUGCAUCGUGAAGCAGUGUCGGGAAUCCACCUCUAACUUGUUUGCUGCAAAUCCAUCUUCCACCGUAACCAAACACAACAUCUGUGUCCCAAUUCCACACUAAUUUAAGAGCACUCAAAAUAGUCUGUAUGCAUAUUAAAAAAGGAGAAUAUACAAACAAUAAAGCAGCAAAAAAGCUGCCAGAAUACUAAAUAAUGUCCACGCAUGCUGCUGUAUUACAGGACUGUCCUUAGUAUUCAUAUUAUUCACAGAUAAAUUGUACAUUGAUUCACAUUCAGAGCACAUAAAUCAACAUGAACUACUUACAGCAGCUGCAGCCGGUCGUGCUUUUAACAGAUAAUAUUGUCCCUUUAUUGUGAAAUAUAAGCAACUGGUAAAUAUAAAGUGAACUCCAUGCAUUUUAUUGACAUGUAAGAGACAGAUAAAAGAAAAAGUAAGCAGCAGAGUUGGAGAUGACCUUUAGGAACAUAAAUAUGGGAGUACAUUAUUUACAAUAUCUGAAAAAUAGUCAUCUUGUAGCAACAGUCGCCAUUUUUAGUCACUAAUCAAGUUACUUUGAUCUCAUCCGCUGUAAUUCAUCAUUCACAGGCUUCCCUGUUGUUUUUUUUGCCUUCUUGGAAUUCUUGUAAAUUUUUGUUUAUAAAAGUACUUUAUGAAGUUAUUAUUACAUAUAGGAUCCCCCAUUCUUUGUUUACAUCUGCUGUCACGCUAUUGUUGUAAACGGAUACAAUUUUAUCAGCAUUUAAAGUUGUAAACAUGGCUAACGCUUUACCUAACGGCUAACUGCACUUAGCAACAUUAGCAUUUAUCUAGUGCCGUAUUACUGAUGAUGCUACAAAUAUAGCUCCAAUAUUUCCCAUCGGUUUCAGCUCUGUUUUAGUUUUAACAAACUUGGAAGAAAAAUGUCUUUGUUUUUGGUGCUAAACUUUUUAGUAGCUCCGUGUUAAAUUUGAUGCUCAGCUGUUAGCGUUGUCAAGUUAGCUAUUAAGCUAGUUUGGUUGAAGAGACUUCAAAGCUUUGCAGAAUUUCAGGCUUACAGUCUUUUGUUAUGAUUAUCAUUCACAGUUAAGCUCUAAAUUAUUCAUAAUCGUGUGAAUUCUGGAUGCAAAGUUUAAAUACUUGCCUUAAUAAUUGGCAGUAUUAUCAAUCAAUGAUUUUUAUUUUGUGAUGUUUUAGUCAACAAAUAAGUGAUCUGGGUAACUGGAAUUAGUCCUUAUUCAUACAGGCUGCUCUUAAACACAUUAUUUCUGGUUGGAGGUCAUUAAUCAGCACAAACAUCUGUCAUGGUGCCCGUUGCACUUUAUGGUAACUUUAUUGUACCUGAAGUAUAUAUUAUUUAUGAUAAUGGUAGCAGAUUUGGACUUGGUAUCAACAAAUACUAAACAAGAAAAGAGAAAGCAGUGCUCUGCCAAGGCUGCUCAAUCGUAUCAUUUCCGACAGAAGAAAUCUUCACUAAAAAAAUAAUUUGUGGUGAGCACAAGUGUGUGUUAUGCAUGUGCACGUUAUGUAAGGAUAACAAAUUGUGUGACCUAAAUAUGUAGCAGGCGGCGGGAGUUGAUGGACUCAGAAACACCCCCACAAUUUAAUCAAUUGUUUCUUGUAUGAAUUCCGAUGGAUCAGUCCUGAUAAGUCCUCAGCAGUCAAUUUGUAAUAAUAAUAAUAAUAAUAAUAAUAACUUUAUUUAUAAACCGCUUUUCAUCAAAGUGCUGUAUACAGAAAUAAAAACAAUAAAAACAGAUAAAUAAAAACAGAUAAAGACGGUAAAAACAGAUAAAAACAAUAAAAUAGAACAAUAAAAAAAGACAACAACAAUUUAAUAUCCAUAUAUAAAAGAAAAGAGGUGGGUCUUCAGCUUAGUUUUAAAUACAUUAAUGGACGAUGCCUGUCUGAUUUCAGCAGGUAGACUGUUCCACAAUGUUGGCGCCCGGAAAGAAAAAGCCCGUUCCCCCACUGUCUUUUUACAGACCUUCGGGAUAUUCAGAAGUCCAAUCCCCUGAGAACGGAGACCCCGAGCGGGGACAUACAGAUUCAGCAGGCUGGAUAAAUAAGACGGGGCAAUUCCAUUAACAAUUUUCUAGGUUAGUAGCAGCACCUUAAAGUCUGCUCUAACAUGAACUGUAGCCAAAGCAGAGAGGCCAGCACUGGAGCAAUAUGCUCGUAUUUACUUGUUCUGGUCAGAACGCGAGCUGCGCUCUGAACCAUCUGCAGACCAUGAAGGCUCUUCAUUGGCAGACCUGAUAAAAGGACAUUGCAAUAGUGCAACCAUGAGGAAACAAAAGCGUGAAUUAGGACCUCAGCAUCCUGAAAUGACAGACUUGGUCUGAUUUUAGAGAUAUUUCUGAGGUGGAAAAAGGCCAAUCUGGUCACCUCUUUAAUAUGGAAUUUAAAUGAGAGGGUUUUAUCAAGGAGUACACCAAGAUUCUUAACUCUGUCUUUACAAUGAAUAGCACAGUCAUCCAAAGACAGUAAAGUCUUCAAGCAGAGGAUCAACACUUUCAGGUCCAAUCACCAUCAUUUCAGUCUUGGCAGAAUUCAGGAGCAGGAAAUUCGUUGAUAGCCAGCUCCUAACAGCUGAGAGACAGGUAGUAGGAUCACAAUCAUGUGAUCAUUAGCAGACAGCUGAUGUAGUGUUCACUUGUUGUCAUGGUUACAGCUAUCUCACAAUGAUACAGAAAUCUUUAACAAAUCUUGAACAAAUCUGUGGAUCCAGACAACAAAAGGUUCUUUACAACAUCCUCAACCUAUGGCGUUUUGUGGUUAUGUUGCCAUCGCCCAUAAAUUUAUUAAGAGAGUCUUGUUUCAUCAUUCCAACGUAUGGCGUUUGGAACAUUGAAACAAAUUUGCGUGGAAACUAUUUGGAGAGCGGAGUGGUGAACACGUCGUCACGCGGCGCAAUAUGAGGAAGACAGCUUUGUUUACAUGUGCUGGUUGUAAGCCACGUACAUCGCAGUAUGUGAGUUCCGACUUACGGCUAAAAUCCAGUUACGUCGCGCCGUAUGAAGGGAAUUCCAACUUAAGUCGAGGACCCCCUGUAUAAGCCCCAUCACUGGCAAAAUCUAAACACUUGCUCCUUGUGUCAUUUCUGACCUUCCUUGAAAAUUUCAUCCAAAUUCAUUUGUCCAUUUUUAAAUAAUAUUGCUACCAGACAGACUGACCAAUGGUCACAGUUCCCACUAAAAUUCUGACUCCUAUCGCAAUACCUGUCAAAAAUAAUAGCUAUGGCUCUGCAUGUUGUAUCGUUUAUUUCUGUUUAAGCCUCAAAACUUGUCAAAUUAAUCUCAACAAGAAUGAAAUAUAUGAAAUUUGGGAUUACUAAAAGUCAGUAGAACCUAUCAAAAUUAAUUCACUUUAUGUCAAAAUACUCCGAAAGGCUUCAUUUGUGGAUUAAAUCACAUUUUAGUUUGAUUCUUUGUCUUCCAGCUUCCAAUUUUCUCUUAUAAAAUUUAGAAUUUUGAUUUGAUUAGCCUUAAACUGUGUGCAAAUCUCUUGGAACUAUUCUCAUAUCUUACGGCUACACGAAAGAAUUUUACCUAAGUUUCAGGAAAUUAGCUGAAUUAUACAAGACCUGUAAAAUUAGGAUUCUGAUCUUUAAAAAUCCAGCAAAAACAAUGUUAAUUUCUUCCUUAUUCCCAGCAAAAUAUUUGCUAACUGUAACAGUAUUUAGAACAUACAGUUAGUACAAAGUGUGAAACUGGGACACAGAUGAUGUUUUACUCACAUUUUGUUUGCAACAAUUUGUGUUUUUUAGAGUUGAACCCUUCCAAAAAUAAUUUAUUCCUAAUGGUACCUUGAAUGUGGUGAGCUAGUUCGGAUUAAAACCCAGAAAUGUAGAAAUAUAGUGAGUUGGGAUGACGGAUGAUGGUUUUUGUCGUGUGAAACGAAUCUAAAAUGACGAGAUAAAUCAUCCUGCACACUGUGCUGCUGCAGGGAAAUCUGACUCUGAGUGUGUAUUUAUACCACUGGCAGAAAUUAAAUCAGUAUUUACAUUUAUGGAAUGUAUUAGUAGCCUCAGAGAUAGCAUUAAACGCUAGCACGGAAAUAGAGAAAAAAAACGCAGUUAAAGUAUAACCUGAACCACUUCACAGAUAAAUUGUAUGUAUAUUAUAUGACCAUUUAGUUUUUUGUUUUGAAGAGGUCGCUUUAUUAACAUGUAAAAAGAAAAGUGUCAUCUAUGUUUUAUAUAAUCAAGCUUUUUUUGUAUUUUUAUACUUGAAGAAGAGGAUUCAUAAGCAUGUAACACAUUUAUUCUGUAAAUUAUUAUUUUUCUGCGUUGGAGAUUCUUUUAUUUUUUCUGCUGAACCAUGAAACAAACCAUGAUCACACUUUGUUGUAGAGACCAGGAGGUGCUCCAGAGGGUUGUGAUGGACUGAAAUAGUGCCACCGCAUUUAUAAAAAGCACAUAAAAACGAUCACCUCACUGAUAGGAAGCCCCAUUUUGUAGCUGUUAUCCUCUAUUAUAACCAAUAGUGUGCGUACACUACACAGAUUAUACAGUUUAUUGAUGGUUUCUUGAUGAAUGUGUGAUUGUCCAAACCAUUUGUGGAUGUUAAAUCAUGUAUAUAAACCCAAAUAAUAUAUUCCAAAAUUGAUUUUAUGUGAAAUUUUUAUAGAAGUUAAAAAAAAAAAAAAAACUACUACUCCAAAAUGGCAUGCAUACUGUAUACAUUCCUGGAAAAUCUGCACGCUGGGUCAACAGAGGUCUCAUUUUCUUGUCAAUAAUUCUGUGUAUACUUGUGAGUGUAUGAUAGAGUAAACAAAAAUUGUACAGUAAUCUAGAUUUUUGUAUUAUGUUCGAAAUGGGUAGCCCCUUUUACUGUCAGAAUAAAGAAAAAUAACGACUACUAUAACCGUCAAGAAAGAUAUCUGAAUGAUAUUGUAUAUCAACUAAACGCUGUUUCAUCCAGUCUGAGAGUGAUGCUUGCUGUGUGGGGUAAGUGUUUGUUUGUGAAUUGUGAAGAAGAAUGACAAAACUACUACAAAGUCAGUAUAACUAAAGACCAACUAAACCGUGCAAAACACAACGCAACUUUGUGUAUGGAACGUACAAGUUGCCGCUUCGUGUGAGAAAAAAUCAAAUGAAAAGGUUGCUGCUUUUGUACAUUCCUGUUGUGUUUUUGUGACAAUAAAGGUGACCCUCUUAUA